UUACAAAAGCGUGUUGCAUCGGAUUACCAGCAUAUAAAACAUUCACAAAUGUCUCAUGUAGAACGUCCUAACCGGUCACAGCAGGGAACAGGCUCUGCCGGAACCCAAGACAACCUUCUUCCAGUCUUUAGCCCUUCCCACCAAAUGGAGAUCCAAAGGUGCCAUAGAAAUUACAAACCCUCCUCCGUCUCUAUCUCCCUUGCUGAACUCCUAAAAUGCGUUGAAGAUGCUCAAAGUGACCAUUCAAAUGGCAGCACUCCUAUCCGUCAUCAACCCCUGGAGCUUGGCUAUGCUUGUAGCUCUCUUUCCACUUCAAACCCUUUUGUUCUUUCUUUUCAUAACUUAUCAUACAGUGUCAAAGUUGGCCAAAAAAUGACUUUCCCAUUUUGCGGACGGGAUUCCUGUGAUUCUUCUGAGGCUACUGGCUUCAAGGUUUUAUUGAAUGAUAUAUCUGGAGAAGCCAGGGAAGGGGAAAUUAUGGCAGUUCUCGGGGCUAGUGGAUCUGGUAAAUCAACGCUGAUCGAUGCGCUUGCAGACCGGAUUUCGAAAGAGAGCUUGAGAGGGUCUGUGAGAUUGAACGGUGAGAUCUUAGAGUCGAGGCUAUUGAAAGUAAUAUCUGCUUAUGUUAUGCAAGAUGAUCUUUUGUUUCCAAUGUUAACCAUUGAAGAGACGCUUAUGUUCUCCGCCGAGUUCAGGCUUCCUCGCUCCCUCUCCAGGUCCAAAAAGAAAGCGAGAGUUGAAGCCUUGAUCGAUCAAUUAGGCCUACGCAGUGCUGCCAAUACUGUGAUUGGAGAUGAAGGGCACAGAGGCAUUUCUGGAGGUGAGAGAAGGAGAGUUUCUAUUGGGAUUGACAUAGUUCACGACCCAAUUCUUUUGUUUCUUGAUGAGCCAACCUCUGGGCUCGAUUCCACCAGUGCUUACAUGGUUGUUAAGGUGUUGCAGCGAAUUGCCCAAAGUGGUAGCAUUGUGAUCAUGUCCAUCCACCAACCCAGUUACCGAAUCCUGAGCGUACUUGACCGUUUGAUCUUCCUUUCACAUGGUCAACCGGUCUACGCUGGCCCACCAGGUAAUCUUCCAGAAUUCUUCGCUGAGUUUGGACAUCCAAUCCCAGAGAAUGAAAACCGAACUGAGUUUGCUCUGGACUUGAUUCGAGAGCUUGAAGAAAUCCCAGAUGGAACCAGGACAUUAGUUGAAUUCAACAGGUCAUGGCAAGCCCAAGGCAUGAAGAAUUCAAGAAACCAUACCUGCAACUCAUCAAGGCUUUCCCUUAAAGAUGCAAUAAGCGCAAGCAUUUCCAAAGGGAAACUGGUCUCUGGGUCCACAAAUCAUUCCAACUUGUCAUCUUCAGUCCAAACAUUUGCCAAUCCAUUUUGGAUUGAAAUGUUAGUGAUAGCAAAAAGAUCACUCAUCAACUCUAGAAGAAUGCCUGAAUUGUUUGGAAUUCGAUUCGGUGCUGUUUUUAUUACAGGUCUGAUAUUGGCUACCAUUUUUUGGCAUCUGGACAACUCUCCAAGAGGUGCCCAAGAAAGAUUAGGCUUUUUUGCUUUUGCCAUAUCCACAACUUACUACACAUGUGCAGAAUCCAUCCCUGCCUUUCUCCAGGAACGUUACAUUUUCAUGAGAGAAACUGCCUACAAUGCUUAUCGACGCUCAUCAUACGUCCUUGCUCACUCUCUAAUUUCUAUUCCUUCUCUAAUUGUACUCUCUAUUGCCUUUGCCGCUACGACAUACUGGACAGUAGGGCUUGCAGGUGGAGCUUCUGGGUUCUUUUUCUUUUUCUUCACAGUCUUAUCCGCAUUCUGGGCAGGAAGUUCAUUCGUUACAUUCCUCUCAGGCAUUGUCUCUCACGUAAUGCUGGGUUUCACAAUUGUUGUUGCCAUUUUAGCAUACUUCCUUCUCUUCAGCGGAUUCUUCAUUUCUCGGGAUCGAAUUCCUCCCUACUGGAUAUGGUUUCACUAUAUCUCUCUGGUGAAAUAUCCAUAUGAAGGAGCUCUACAAAAUGAGUUUCAGGAUCCCACAAAAUGCUUUGUGAGGGGCGUACAAAUGUUUGAUAACACACCUCUGAGCGCUGUGCCAGAGGCCCUGAAACUUAAAUUGUUGCAGAGUCUGAGCAACACCCUGGGCAGGAACAUUACGAGCAGCACAUGUAUAGUCACUGGACCAGAUAUACUAAGGGGACAAGGUAUUACAGACUUAAGCAAAUGGAGUUGCCUAUGGAUCACCGUUGCUUGGGGCUUUUUCUUCAGGGUCUUGUUUUACUUUACUUUGUUGUUCGGAAGCAAGAACAAGCGGAGGUGAAUUAAUGAAUAUUUUUCUUUCUGGUUGUAAACUGAGUUUCAGGAAAAUUGUAGAUUCAUAUAUUUUUAUGUGGACCUAAAUACUUUAAUAGAAAUAAAAGUCUUUCUUUUGGUUGAUUGUA